AUGUAUGGAUGGCAGGGUGAUUACUGUGAUCAGUGUAGCUCUCACCCCGGCUGUGUUCACGGCAGCUGUGUGGAGGCGUGGCAAUGUCUGUGUGACACCAACUAUGGAGGACAGCUGUGUGACAAAGAUCUGAACAUGUGUGGGACAUGGCAGCCAUGUUUGAAUGAAGGAACCUGCAGUAACACGGGACCGGAUAAAUACCACUGCUCCUGUCCCGACGGAUUCUCCGGGGUCAACUGUCAAAGCGCCGACAACGCCUGUCUGUCCAACCCCUGUGUGAAUGCGGGCCGCUGUGUGGAAAUCAGUCAGGGGUUCGAGUGUCGCUGUUCCCCAGGCUGGACCGGACCCUCCUGCUCCAUCAACGUGGACGAAUGUCUGGUGAACCCCUGCGGUCAUGGAGGGACGUGUCAGGACCUGGUCAAUGGUUUGAAGUGCAUCUGUCCUCCUCAGUGGGUGGGAAAGACCUGCCUCAUAGAUGCCAACGAGUGCAACGACGACCCCUGUGUCAACGCCAACUCCUGUCGGAAUCUGAUUGGCGGAUAA